CUGCCAUGUUGUCAGAGCUCAGGAAGCUGAAUUUCAGCUUCAUCCAAGAAAGUUGUAAAAAUUCAACAGUCUCUUUAAUAAUUAAAGAAUUAAGGAGUGCUUUUCUAACGGAAUUUAAAACUUUACAAAAACAUAUUGAUGAGAAAAAUGAAGCAAGUGAUAGAAAAGUGGAAGAAAAAAUAUCUCAACUAGAGUUAAAAUUUCAUUUGCAGCAAAAUGUAAGGAAUGCCUGUUGGAGACCUGACUCUCUAUCCUGGCAAGAAUUUCACGGCAGUUGCUACUACUUCUCAGAAACUGCAGAAAAAUGGACAGAUGCCAAAAAUUUAUGUGCAUUGAGUAACUCUCACUUGAUCAUUAUUAACAGCAGAAAGGAGCAGGAUUUUGUGAUUGGAAAUAUAAAGAGCGUAUCAAUGUGGCUUGGCCUAAAUGAUGUGCACACAGAGGGAACCUGGCACUGGAUUGAUGGCUCGAUACCAACCCAAACAUACUGGAGAAAUGGUGAGCCAAAUAAUGAUGGUGAUGAAGACUGUGCUGCUCUGUACAACAAUGGAAAAUGGAAUGACAUUUCCUGUGAUGUACAAGUCCACUAUGGUUGUGAGAGGGAAGUUUGUGUGAACAACUGAGAAACAAAGAGUGAAUCUCUCUAUGGGAAAUCCCUGAA